UUCACCGUUAGUGUCAAUGCCAUGACAACGGUGAUGAGAAUACACGCUCGUGUGCGAUGUGGGACCUGAUCAACCGUUAACGGCCGUCGUCUGUUAAAGCAGUGAGAUGUCCUUGUUCAAGGCUCGUGACUGGUGGUCGGCGGUGCUGGCCGAGGGAGAGGAGUUUGACCAGGGCUGCUUGUGCGUCGGUGACGUCGACAACACUGGCAGUGGCUACGAUAAGGUGGUGGUGGGCAGCUACAUGGGCAUGCUCCGUGUCUUUGCCCCCCAUGCCAGCCACCCGGGCGAGGGCCCCGCGGCGGGCGCACAGCUGCUGGAGGUACAGAUGCAGGACCCCAUCAUCCAGGUGGAAGUGGGCAAGUUUGUCUCGUGCUCGGAGCUGCUCCACCUGGCCGUGCUGCACCCCAGGAAGCUCUCCGUCUACGCCAUGUCAGGCGUUGCCGGAAACGUGGAGCACGGUGACCAGUACCAGCUGCGUCUGGUCUACGAGCACAACCUGCAGAGGACAGCCUGCAACAUGACCUUCGGCCCUUUCGGAGGGGUCACGGGUCACCACUUCAUCUGCGUCCAGUCCAUGGAUGGCGUGCUGACGUUCUUCGAGCAGGACAGCUACGCCUUCGGACGCUUCCUGCCCGCCUUCCUGCUGCCGGGACCGCUGUGCUACUGCGCCCGCACUGAUGCCUUCAUCACCGUCUCUUCCACCCGCCAGGUGGAAUGCUACAGAUAUGAGACACUGGCGGUUGCCAUGGAUGCGGACACCCGUCAGGAUUUGGAGCAGCGGGGCAAGAGCUCUGGGAAGAGACUCACGGCCGACUGGACGCUGGUCCUGGGUGAACAGGCACUGGACAUCUGUGUCCCCUCCACCUCCCCUUCUGCCACCUCCUCCAUCUUUGUCCUGGGAGAGCGCAACCUGUUCUGUCUCCUGGACAACGGCCAGAUCCGCUUCAUGAAGAAGCUGGAGUACAGCCCCAGCUGCUUCCUCCCCUAUGCCUCAGUUGCCGAGGGUGUGACCAACCUCCUGCUGGGUAACCAUAACAACAUGCUACUGGUUUACCAAGACACAACCCUGAAGUGGGCGGCUCAGCUCAACAGCACGCCCGUGGCUGUUCGCGUCGCCAACUUCCCGGAGCUAAAGGGUUUGGUGGUGACCCUGAGCGCCAAGGGUCACCUGCUGUGCUCCUACAUGGGCACGGACCCCUCCUUCUUCACCGCGCCCAAGGUGGACGCCCGAGAGGUCAACUACGAGGAAGUGGAUGCGGAGAUGAAGGCCCUGCAGAAGGUCAUCCGCAGGGCCACCAAGAACCAGGACAUCAUCCCUAGACCUGAAACAGAGGCUGAUCUGACUGUGAUAGCAACGGUCUCCCCGACCUUGGAUGAUGUCUCGCAAGCGCUUAUCCCAGAAAUGAACGGCAUAGCUGUCCCUUCCGUUACAGUCAAGAUCAGAGUGAGCAGUCGCUCGGCUGUUCAGAGCCCCAAGAUGAGUGUGUGUGUGCAGCCCCCUCUGAUGGCCACCCAGGACCAGUUUGUGUUGGAGUCUCUGGGUAGCGUGUCUCAGUUAACGGUGGCGUUCUCAGUGUUUCUCAAUGGCCACUACACACCAGCUGACCUGACUGGACACAUAGCUGUGACCUACAGUUCUCCCACAGAACUGAAUCCUGUAGGGGUCCCACGGGUGAUUCAGUGCAAGUUCGCCUUGCCUCUGCUUCUGGUGUGCUGUCCCAGCCAAGCCUCCAAGAACGCCAAGUACAAGAUCACCGUGGACACAAACCAACCUCCCGUCAGCCUCAGCGAGGUCUUCCCAGAGUUUGCUCGGAUGCCCGAGGAUAAGGAGGGCAGUGCUCUGGGCUUUCAGCUUGUCGCUGGUGCCCGCCUCACUGCUCUUGCCUCCAGAUCGUCUCAACGUUACAGGAUCCAGAGCGAGACCUUUGAGGACAUUUGGCUGGUUGCUAAGGAACUGGUGCAGCGCCUCAACCAACACUUCACCAAACUCGGAGUCAAAGAUUUUCACAGUAGCUUCUCUGGCCCGAUCCCACUGCCUGAGUACUUUGACAUCAUGGACCACCACUUUGAACUGCGACUGACAGCAGGGCGCUACGAGGACCUGCUGUCUGAGAGAGCCGUCCAGUUCAGAGCCGUCCAGCGCCGUCUCCUCACACGCUUCAAAGACAAGACCCCCGCACCCCUGCACAACCUGGACACACUCAUGGAGGGCACGUAUCGCCAGGUGAUGGCGCUGGCGGACACGGCGGAGGCCAACCGGGCGGCGCUGGUGGAGGCCUUCUCUCGUCUGAGGAGCUCCACUCACCUGCUCAUCCUGCUGUUGUCACUGUGGCAGGGACUCGGCACCGAGCAGACCGCCAUACUGGACGCCACACUGUUGCCAGUGCUGCAGGACACACCGCAGCUGGGAUGGGAAGAGAGUGUGGACGCGGCCGUCUCUCACCUCUUGAGGACAUGUCUAUCGCGGAGUCCUAAAGACCAGGCCAUUGCCCUGAGCACAACACAGCUGAGCAUGCCCAAAGACACUUCACGCCUCAAAAAGCACAUCGCGCUACUCUGUGAUCGCAUUGGCAAGGGAGGUCGCUUGUCACUAUCUUCAGAGGCCAACACUCCAACCCCUGUCAUGAUGCAAGCUGCUUCUGAGGGAGUCCCAGAGCCCAUUGCUGAGGAAGAAGAGGAGCCCACUCUUCAUCAGGAGGCCACUGCCCGACUACUCAAGAAAAAUCCACCCUCCAAGAAGGUCCGGAGGAAGACAGACUCAUCGAAAGACACGAAGGAGAAGCAACCGGGGAAGGAAUCACUAAGGGAGUCAAGAGAGAGCAAGAUGGAGGAGGAGCAGGAGGAGGAGGAGAGGAGGAUGAGGAAAGGCCAAUCUGGAGGGGAGGCUGCGAAAGAAAAGACCCGAGUGUCCAAAAAGGCCUCAGAUAAGGCCAAGGACAAGAGGAGGGACCCUGAGGCAGGGGAGGGCUGACCGCUGACCACACACACA